ACGUAUGUGACUGAUAUAAAGGCAGAAGAUAUAGAGGGAGAAGAAGAGACGUAUGUGACUGAUAUAAAGGCAGAAGAUAUAGAGGGAGAAGAAGAGACGUAUGUGACUGAUAUAAAGGCAGAAGAUAUAGAUGGAGAAGAAGAGACGUAUGUGACUGAUAUGAAAGCAGAAGAUAUAGAUGGAGAAGAAGAGACGUAUGUGACUGAUAUGAAGGCAGAAGAUACAGAGGGAGAAGAAGAGACGUAUGUGACUGAUAUAAAGGCAGAAGAUAUAGAAGGAGAAGAGAUGUACGUGACUGAUAUGAAGGCAGAAGAUACAGAGGGAGAAGAAGAGACAUAUGUGACUGAUAUAGAGACAGAAGAUACAGAGGUAGAAGAAGAGACGUAUGUGAGGGGUGAUCAGCAGUGUAAGGAGGAGGAGAUCCCUACAGAUAUCAGCACAGAUGGACACACAAGCAGGAAUAUCUCAGAAGGACAUCUAAUGUUAUCCCCGGAUUGUGACAUAAAUGAUAAUGACAGUAGACAGGAUUCUCCAGGAGAUAACCCCAUUACCCCAAUUAUACAUCCAGCUCGAUCAGCUGGUCCCUCUGAUCCUGGGAAAUGUUCUCCUGAUCACUCUGAUAUUGGUGCAUCUGUUACAGCUCUGACAGUAGAUACAGUGUUUCCAUGUUCUAUAGAUGCCAAAUGUUUUACACAGAACACAAAGCUUAUUACCCAUCAGGCAGCUAAGGCAGGUGAGAAGCCAUUUCCAUGUUCUGAGUGUGGGAAAUGUUUUGCACGGAAAUCGCAUCUUGUUAUACAUCAGAGAAGUCACACUGGUGAGAGGCCAUAUUCUUGCUCUGAGUGUGGGAAAUGUUUUUCCCAGAAAUCACAUCUUGUUCUACAUCAGAGAAGUCACACAGAUGAGAGGCCGUUUUCUUGCUCUGAGUGUGGGAAAUGUUUUUCCCAGAAAUCACAUCUUGUUCUACAUCAGAGAAGUCACACAGAUGAGAGGCCGUUUUCUUGCUCUGAGUGUGGGAAAUGUUUUAGAUGGAAAUCACAACUUGUUACACAUCACAGAAGUCACACAGGUGAGAAGCCAUUUUCUUGCUCUGAGUGUGGGAAACAUUGUUUAAAUAAAUCACAUCUUGUUAUACAUCAGAGAAGUCACAUAGGUGAGAAGCCAUUUUCUUGCUCUGAAUGCGGGAAAUGUUUUUCCCAGAAAUCAUAUCUUGUUAUACAUCAGAGAAGUCACACAGGUGAGAAGCCAUUUUCUUGCUCCGAGUGUGGGAAAUGUUUUAGAUGGAAAUCACAACUUGUUACACAUCACAGAAGUCACACAGGUGAGAAGCCAUUUUCUUGCUCUGAGUGUGGGAAACAUUGUUUAAAUAAAUCACAUCUUGUUAUACAUCAGAGAAGUCACACGGGUGAGAAGCCAUUUUCUUGCUCUGAAUGCGGUAAAUGUUUUUCCCAGAAUUCACCACUUGUUACACAUCAGCGAAGUCACACAGGUGAGAAGCCAUUUUCUUGCUCUGAGUGCGGGAAAUAUUUUUCCCAGAAAUCAUAUCUUGUUAUACAUCAGGGAAGUCACACAGGUGAGAAGCCAUUUUCUUGCUCUGAGUGUGGGAAAUGUUUUAGAUGGAAAUCACAACUUGUUACACAUCACAGAAGUCACACAGGUGAGAAGCCAUUUUCUUGCUCUGAGUGUGGGAAACAUUGUUUAAAUAAAUCACAUCUUGUUAUACAUCACAGAAGUCACACAGGUGAGAUGCCAUUUCCAUACUCUGAGAAAUAA